ACAAGUUCUUCUGAUUCCGGCGAUCCGGCAGGGAGCAGCAUAACGCACCGCCGGAGACCCCACCAAAAUACGGACGAGUCCACAUGUCCUUUUUGGUUAGCAGCAUUGUUUACAGGUUACCUUGGAUCCUUAGCGCCGCCCUAACCAUGACUCACUGACCGAAUUCUGGGAACUGCACCCCGGAUUCCGUGAUCAGACGGCUCUCUGAACCUGUAUUGGUAAAACAUUGAGCACAUUCACUUGUAUUGUGGUCUACAAUGUCCCUCACAAAUUCCUCACCAGCGGAGAUCGCGAAAUCUGCGUCUGUGGCGUCUCGUCUUUUAGCAACCCUAUCUGGGGCUGAGAGGAACGACGCUCUGACAGCGCUCCACGAAGCCCUUGCGAAAAGCCGGAAUGAUAUUCUGGCAGCCAAUUCGAGAGAUGUUGCAGCUGCCGAGCGCGCAGUUGAAGCCGGCGUUCUCAACCAAAGUGUUCUCAAAAGGCUCGACCUGUCACGACCCGGGAAAUUUGAAGAUAUGCUUCAGGGUAUCUUGAGUGUCAGAGACUUGCAAGAUCCAGUCGGAAAUGUGACCAUGAGGACACUGCUGGAUGACGGCCUGACGCUCGAAAAAGUUAGCUGCCCCAUCGGGGUGUUGUUGAUCAUCUUUGAGGCUCGCCCUGAGGUGAUCGCCAACAUCGCUGCCCUUUCUAUCAAAUCUGGAAAUGCUGCUAUCCUCAAAGGUGGCAAGGAAUCUACUGAGUCUUUCAUCGCGAUAUCCAAGGUGAUUUCCGAGGCUAUCGCACACACUCAGGUGCCCAAGGCUUCGAUCCAGUUGGUGGAGACACGAGAGGUCGUCUCUUCCCUGCUUGCUCAAAACACCGACAUUGACUUGGUUAUACCCCGGGGUUCCAAGGAUCUUGUCCGUUUCGUACAGGACAACACCAAAAUCCCUGUUCUGGGCCAUGCAGACGGUCUUUGCUCAGCAUAUAUACAUCAUGACGCCGAUCCUGAUGUUGCUGUAAAGGUUGUUGUGGACUCCAAGACCGACUACCCGGCAGCGUGCAACUCCCUAGAGACCUUACUCGUGCAUGAAGAUGUACUCCAUACUAUCUUUCCUGCUGUUGCUGGGGCUCUUUUAGCUAAAGGAGUAUCACUCCGUUGUGAUCCGGCUUCAAAAGAUGCGCUUUCGAGCAAGAUCGUCGCUCAAGAACAGUCCUUGGUCUCGGAGUCUAUCGCCUCUGAUUACGAAACCGAGUUCUUGGACCUCAUUCUGGCGGUAAAAACCAUACCCAGCGACGAUUCACCUGGGAAAAGCCUUGACGCAGCAAUUGCCCAUAUCAACAGGCACUCGUCAAAACACACUGACAUGAUCGUCACGAGAUCGAGAAGCACUGCAGAAAGGUUUAUGAAUGGCGUUGAUAGCGCCGGAGUUUUCUGGAAUGCCUCGACGAGAUUUGCAGAUGGGAUGCGUUAUGGUUUCGGUACGGAGGUUGGAAUCAGCACAAACAAGGUCCACUCAAGAGGCCCCGUUGGCUUAGAUGGAUUGACCAUUUACAAGUAUAAAAUCCGGGGGGAGGGCCACAGAGCUGCAGAUUAUUCCGAAACAGGUAGUGGUAAAAGCUGGAAACAUGAGGUGCUACCUUUGUGAAGUGCUGUUACAUAUUCCAUCAUUACAAUUGAACGUUUUGAAUCCAUUUUCAUUUUCGUGGCACCCAAGCUUCUCUACCUGAUUAUUCAUGACUAACAGAUUGCCUGUCGCAGACAGUCGAAGUAAUCGGGCGCUGGCCAUGCUUCAAAAUCACGUGGUUAAGGUUGGG